ACUAAGAAAAGUAGUAUUUAAGCAAGUGCUGGAAGUUAUAAUGCUUCUGUUCGUCUACCUAUCUUCUAUAUUCGUUUUAUUGACGACAUUUUUAGUUUUAAAGCGCGUCAAGACAAAGCAAAAGUGUUUCAGAAUAACAAGUAGAAGCAGGAAGCUAGUGGGCAAUGGGCGGGUGGCUGAGCUAUCUAUGGUGGGGCGGAGACCCCGACAUAGUGAACCCGAUUUCGGGCCUGACACGGCGUGAGAUAUACGCGGUGCAGCGAUCCUGGGCACUCGUCCACAAAGACUCCACGGCUAACGGAAUUGAAUUAUUAAAAAGGUUAUUCCGCGCGUAUCCAGAAACGAAAGAAUUCUUCAAAAUGGUGAGAAAACUGCCGGAAGAAGAGUACGAGAGAAACUUUCAGUUCAAAGCUCACGUCAUCAAUUUGAUGUCUUCUCUAGAUCAGGCAGUGAAGACUUUAGACCAGCCGGAGAUAGUCAUUGAAAUGAUGCUCAAGAUAGGAGACUCUCAUAGAAAAAGAAAAUUACAGGAACAACAUUUCUAUGAUCUAAAAGAUGUGUUAGUAAAGAUGUUGAUUGAAGUUUUGAAACCGGAUUCGACAACCCUCGGCGCGUGGGCCAAGACUGUUGACUUUUGGUACAAACAUAUAUUUGUGUCACUGUCAGGCACUGACGGCAGAUAACAGAUGUCAUGAAAUAAUAGCGACUUGAAUAAAUAUCUAGGAUAUAGACCAUGUGUACAUAGAAGUUUAUUGUUUUAAUUAGUGCAAAAGUACUACGGCCAGCGAGAUGACGUAAAGAAUUGUGAACAUAAAUUGAUUGUAAUAAGCUAAUAAGUCAAGGGACAUUGUCAAGAUUUUUUUUAAAUUAGCUGAUUUUUAUUAAUUUACUAAUAUAAAGUCUACGGCGAGAUUUGAACGCACGAUCUGAAAUCCGUACCUUUAAACUUUAGGCGAUUGACGCUUCAAACUUUUGAAAUGACCGUGUGCCAUAAAUGACACCUGACAAAUCAACAAUACAUCGUCUCUGGAUUAUUAACUAUGAGUGAAAGAGACAGAUAUAUCGCUGUCAAAUUGUUUACAUUUGUUCUCUUUCUGGCCUAAUAUAUUGCAUUUGUGAAUAAUUUUAACAAAGUAGUAGACCAAUGAAUGCUUAUUUGUAUAAUCUCAGUUAAUAUUCUUAAUGUAUGUAAUUAUUAUUACCAAAAAUGGUACUAUGAUGUAGUUUUGUACUGAAUUGACUUUGCUUUGAAUUAAGCACAUUCAAGAAGUGAUACCUAGUUAAGUAAUUAACAUCGGCAUUUCUCUUA